AUGCGAGUCUCGGUACAACGUCCAACCAAAUGUUCGCUCCUUAACUCCGACCAGCACAUCUAUUUUUUCCCUUUACCCAUUUUUAAAGUAGAAACUUGUAAAGAAUGCUACGAGUCUUUCAAUUGCACUGCAUCUUACACGUCUUGUGCUACCUCCUUCCCGUCUGCAGUUACUACUUUUUCAGCCAAUCUUACUCACGGAAACUCUUCAGUAAAUCAUCCUGGUUCUCAUAGUUCAACAGUUCAGCAAGCAACGCAAUCCAUCUUGUCUCGAUCUAAUAUUACUGGAAUGAGUAACCAUGUAUUAAGUAAUCCACUUGUCAGGACUUCUGGUCCUUAUGCCGACUUUAAAAAUGGAAUUGAUACUGCACAUCAACCUCCUUUUAAUUUAACUUUGGCUGGACAACAGAACCAACUAGCGAAAAUCAGUGUCCUUUCACCUAUGGAGAAAUUGUGUGGCUUCCUAGAGCCUAGUUGCAGCAAGCUUUGUGAGCGAGUGGCUGUUGAUGAUAAUGAAAAGAGUGCUUCUCUGAAAUUCACAGACACGUCCUGUCAAUCUUUUGCUGCCUCACAGGCCUUAAGGUCUAGUUCAGAACCUAUGCUUUACUCAACCCCUUGCUCAUCCUCAACUAUUAGCUCUGUUAGGCAAUCUGCCUCUUUAGCUGGUCAUAAUUUGCUUGCAAAUAAACCAGCUUCUGAUGACUUUCUACCAUCUACUUGUGGGCAUGACUAUCAGAAUUCUCGCGAUCAUUCUGGGCUGAUUACAGCCCCCGCAACUUGCCGAUCCCAACUUAUCACUUCUCCAACUUCUCCGGUGCACUCUCCUCUAAUCUCAUCUUUAGCUAAUGCAUCUCAUUUUCGUGGUGGUAUCGGAUUAGCUUGCUCAACACGUAUUUCUGAUCUAUUUGCCACGGAUUUUGGUCCAGCAACUUCUUUGGGAUUGGCAUUCCCAAAGAGCUUCUCUCAUACUAGUGGAGAAGUAGAGACUGACAACUUAGCCUUAAACCUGCCCAACAGUUCGCAGCAAGCCACCACAGCAUUGGUACCCAAUGAUGAACCCAGCUAUUCUACUAAUCGGACCAUAUAUACCCAUAGAUUGACUUCCCCGAUAUCACAGCCGCUCUCUCUAACUACAAGCUCUUCAUCUCCGAAUAGUUCAGCCACGACAACGACAGUAACCUUCUUCGUUUGCGAGGUCUGUGGCUCACGAUAUCGGUCCACAGCUGGCCUUCGUUAUCAUUACCACAGCCAACACGCCGGCUAUACCUCACAGAGUCCAAUAUCUGCCUCUGCUUCACGUCUUGUGGUACCUCUUGGAGAUGAACGCGGCUGUACUGGCGGAUUAAGAGGAGGGAGGGCACGACGCAGCAGAAAAGGUGAUUCAUUACUUGCUAUACACUUGGAACUGUUGAUCAUCUUGUUGGUUGAAAUUUGCAGCAAUGCGGUAGACGUGGAUUGA